GCUUGCCCUGCAAGUAGAAGACUUGGUCAGGGAGCCUCUGGUCGGGUGCUAUUUAUCCUCUCUAUUUAUGCUUCGUUAAACGCGUCUCUUCUCUUGAUUUCUUUCUUCAACAAUUUUCCUCGCAAAGACUGUAAUUAGAUUCACGUCCAUGGAGUUUCCAUCUCCUAACCCAUCCGGAAGGGACGAAACAGUCGUUCCUCCGAAGAGAGGCCGGAUUAAGAUCAUGAUCACUCGUGAUCUAGCUACAUCGGCGACCUCUAUCAUCUGGAAACCGAGGCGAAGCCGAAUCAAGAUCAUGAUUGCUAGCGAUCUAAUCAUAUCGGCAACUUCCCCAUGGGCCCAGAACAAACACGACGGAAAUAGCGAAGGCUGAGCUGUUUCUCAGACUGCAAACGCUGAUUUCCAUGCCUGUGUCUCAUAAUUCGAUCGGAUCGGACCGGAUCGUCAAAUCCAACCGUAAAUUUGUGUGAUAUAUGAUAUAUGUAAGAGAGCAUACCGGUUAAUUUGGUUCUCAAGAAAAACAUACCGGUUUAUUCUGGGGGUUUGUAGAUAGUGAUAUUAUGGAUGGUCGUAUGCUGUAUAAAAUGUUGGGGUAAUACUUUGUAAAAUAUAUAUGUUUGACACGAUUUACAUACCGGUUUAUUACC